AUGAUCUGGAUCGCGUCAAAAGGGCAUCUCUUGACACAGAUACCACAACCGAUACACAAAGUUUCGGAGAUGAAGCAGAUCUUGGAGGUUGGCUCGACUUCGAUACACAACUUCCCGGUCUUGACCACGGGACACGCCUUGCGGCAUUCCUGGCGGCACUUCUUUGGCUUACACUUGUCGUCCGAGACAAUCGCAAUACGCGUGUUCUUGCUGCUCAUGUUGUUGUUUGGUGGUUGA